AUGUAUUGUUUAUUUUUGAAAUUGUGAAUAUUUGAGUUGGAAUAUUUUACAAUAGAAGAGUUUUUUAAAAAAUAUGUAUUAUAAAUACAAAUCUGUGCCGCCCGUAGAAACAUAGAGAAGUGAGCCAUUUAGAGCAUAGUUACAAAUAAAUUAGAAAAUAUAUUGUGCUGUAAACUAAUUAUGGCAGGUGAAACAGAGAAAAUACAAAGUGAUGCUUUACACGAGGAAAAUUUGUACGAAGGUCCAGUUAGAAGUGUUACAAAGGGAUUUGUCAAUUUAUUAGAACCUCCUUUAAAAGAAGUUCGACGCCAGCUUAAUGAAUUACAAGAGACACAAGCAAAACUUUAUGAGAAGAUCCACGAGGAAAACUUAAUAUUAUCGAACAUACAACAUUCCAUGGAACUACAGGGUAUGCUAAACAAGAUGAAAAUAUACAACAGUAAACUAAAGUCAAUAAAAAAGAAUAUACGAGGUAUUCAUGAAAGAAGUACUAAAUUGAAGAAACGCGCAAUUAGGUUACAACAAUUGAAGCAAAAUGAGGUUGGUGAGAUAAUAGUAAAUCCACCAGAGAAUAAAUAAUGAUAUUUUAGUGUAUUGUAAAUUAAUGUAAAAAUAAAUAAAUAUAUUUUUUAUGUUUUAUUUGU